AUGAUCAGAGUUAAAAUUCCAUCUUACUUGAUCGAGGAAAAUAAAAAUAAUAAUGAUAUAAUAAAUAAUAUUGGUAAUAAUAUUAAUAAUGGAAUCAAUAAUAAUAACAUCAACAAUAAUAAUAAUAAUAACAAUAACAAUAAAAAUAAUUUAGACUGUAAUUCAAUGCCUGCAUCAAUCGUUUUAACUCAUUUUUGCGAAACCCAUGGACCCUCUGUUGUAUUUACCACUCAAACUGAAAGAAUUAUAGCACCACCCCCACCACAACAAAAACAAAAUAUAGAUGACAAUGAAAAUGACGAUGAUGAUGAUAUUAAUAAUAGCAACGGUGUAAAUAAGAGUAAUAUAGAGUUUAAUAGUAAUAAUAAUUAUAGUAGUAGCAUAAAUAAUAGUAUAGAUAUAUCAAAUUUAAAAAUUAAUAGCAAUAGAAAUAGUAUACCAAAUGAAAAUGGUGUAGAAAAGCCAUUUAGCGACUAUAAUUACGAAACUGAUGAUGAAGAUAAUAGCUCAACAAUGAAUAAUAGUAACAAUGUAAAUCAUUUAAAUAAUAUAAAUAUCAAUAUGAAUAAUAAUUCACCCACUACAUUACCAAGAUUAUUUGAAAAUGAAAAUGAAGAGUUUAAAACAUUUUCAGUAACCAUUGCAACUAGCAGUAAUAGUGGUGAUGGUGAUGAUACAAAUAGCGAAUCAAGUUUAAAUUCCAAUACUACCACUACAACAAACACCACAACCACUACAAGUUCGGUUACAAAACAAUGCCCAACAUGUUCAUCAGUACAACAAGGCCAAGCACUGGUCUCAAAAGACCCAAAAAAUAAAAAUGUAUAUUAUGUUAGUACACAUCAAACUUCAAAUCAAAGCUAUAGCGUUAUUAGAAAUGCAUGUGUUAGAAGUCUUAGUUGCGAAGCUGUCCAAGGUAGAGAAGGCCCAGUACUCAUAAGCAGUAAUGAUGGUCAUUGGUUGUCCUAUAUGUUUAAAAUUAACGAUAGUAGAGCUAGAGGUAGCGCAAGAUGGUACGGUUUCUUAAUCUUAAUAAAAGAGGGCUCUUGUUUGUUAAACUAUUAUAGUUGGCUAAUUGGAUGUUUCAAAUCGAUAGCAGAGGAGAUUAAAAGAAAAACCAAUGUAGUUUUUGAAAGAGAAAGAUCACAACAAAGUCUUAGCAGCUCAAUGAUUUCAAAUAUCUAUAGAAGAGGUACAAGAUCAAUUCCAUUAAAACUACUAACUGAAUUAACUGAAGACUCUUCAUUUUUUACUAGAUUACAUAAAAGCUUUUGCAGUAUUUUAUCAAAUUGUCAAAUUAAAUAUCAUCUAUUAAAAGGUAAUCAAAUGAUACUACCUGAACAAUAUAAUCACAUAGAAUUUUUUAAAGAAAAUAUAAAUAAUACAUAUAAUAGCGGCAAUAUAAAAAUAAGCGGAGGCUCACCAAGCUUAAUUAGUGGUAUAAAUGGUGGAGGUGGAGGUGUUGUAGGUGGAUUUGGUCUAAACUUAAAUAUGUUAAACGAAACCAAUAUUUUAUUAUUAGAGAAUAUUUUCCCAAAACAAGAAGAGCUAAUAACAUCAUUUGGUCAAAUCCAUCGUAUUAUGGGUGAAGAUGCAUUCUCCAUAUUGAUUUAUAAUUUAAUUAUAGGUAAUCAAGUAAUCAUUAGGGGCUCUUCCGAAAUCUUAGUUAAAUCAAUGGUUGACAUCAUUAAAGAACUAUUACCAACAGAGUGUGUUACAGCUUGUGACUAUUCAGAUACCUUUAAAGAACAAUGGGAAUGCAAUAUUUUAGGUCUAAACUCGAUAGCAGUAAUACCAAGACAUAUCGAUAAAGAAACUACAAGUAUUGUUGAUAUUGAAUAUUAUGACAAAUCAAAAGAACCUGAAGAUAUAGACCAUCCUAAUAGAUCAACUAUUGAAAUUACAUGUAUAGGUCCAAAACAUCCUUCAACAUUAGGUUUAGCAAUCGAAUCAAUAUAUAAACAAUAUUGCUCAACACCAUUAGAAAAUAUUCAGUUAAAAGCACUUAAAGAAGAAUGGAUAAAUAAAUCAAAAUCAUUUUAUUCAAUGAAAACAAUUAUCGAAGAUGAAAAAGAUAAGAGGUUAUUAAGUUUCUUAAAUAUUAUAAAUUGUCAAUUUGAAAAAGAUAUGGAAAUCCUAAUGUUUUGGUGCGCAUCAUUAAGAAAAUGGUUUAUGGAUAAUAAAAUAAGAUAA